AUGGAGGACGAGUCCAAAUCUUUGGAGGCACUGUCUGAAACCCUCACCCAUAUUUCGACCAAUCCAUAUGACUUGUCUCUACAUGCACAACACGUACAGUUGGCCCUGGCCAGUGGAAUGGGCGACCAGGUAACCGCGGCGCGACAGAUGUUGACCGCGUAUUGGCCCGCCGGCGAUGAAGUAUGGCUUCCAAUAAUCGACCUUCGGAUUUCGCAAGGCACGGAUACGGUCGAAGAUGCUCUUGAGGUGCUCACUCUCUUCCAGACUGCUGAGGAAGACUACUUGUCCAUACCGAUGCUUCAGAAACAUAUCGAGUUUCUGCUGGAAAGACAUAUUUAUUUUCACUCAUUGGAUCCCAAGGCCGAAGAGUUGCAGGAGACUUUCUCGUCAGAGUGGACAAGAAUGAUGGCUGAAUCUGUCGUCAAAAAGGCGUCGAGUCACCUAACAGAGGGGCAUCUUGUGUGGAAUGCAUAUUUUAACUGGGAGAUGGAACAGUUGGAUAGUCCACAUGUGCAAAGUGAAGAACGCGCCGACCUUAUUUUGAGGAUUGAGGAUAUACUUCUCGAACGCUUGAAGCAGCCACAUUCUACCCACGAGGAAACGUUCCAAUCAUAUUCAACAUUUACGACCAACAACAAACCAGCGGAUAUAUAUGAGAAAUUAUUGGUAUCGGCGUCAAAGGCAAAAGCACCAGCUAUCAAAGCCUAUCAGAGGCGAGAACGAAAUGAGCAGUUCCUGAUACAAUCAGACUAUUCGCCGGAAGCUUAUGAUUAUUAUCUGACCUACGAGCAUAGAGCACGGAAAAUUGAUUUGCCAGUUAUUUCGAUGCUCUACGAAAGAGCGAUUUCGGACACAGCAAAAAGGCGGUUUCAAGGUACAGAAAAUGCCGAAGCUGCUUUGAGGGUCUUUUGGUCGGGAUAUUGCGAUGUUUUGAGGACAAACAGUGAAAGUGUUGAUCGCCAACAAUCUGUUCUUCUAAGAGCGACAAGAAGUGUUCCUGGUUCAGGAGUGAUUUGGGCAAGAUAUAUACGUUUUCUUGAAAGCACAAACGACGACAUUAGUUCCGUUUUGCAAGCUACAUCUGAAAUUUAUGACAAGGCGUUUUCUACCGGUCUAAUACAGAAGGAUGUAGAAGAAGUCAUUCCGCUUGUCCGGGCACGUGCCAGUCUCCUUAGACGGGCGGAUGUUGCCAAUACCUUGUUCAGGGUUCUCGAGGAGGGUAUUGAAAUGGUCCGUUCAGCCUCUCCCCAAGGUGAUCCUCGCUUUCGACUUGAAAAAUAUCUGGCCGAUCUUUACGUUGAACUCAUCGAGUCGCACGAACUAUCCAGCAAACUGUGGGAGUCUACUGCAAAACAUUACAAGACAAGUUAUUUGGCGUGGGUACAAUAUACUGAAUCUCUUACGAAGGAAGAGAAGUACGACGAAGUUCGAACCGUAUUCAAGGAUAUCGUAACGAAAAGACUCGACUGGCCGGAGGUUGUUUUCGAUGCAUGGAUAAACUUUGAGCAUCUCAAUGGGAAUUUGGACGAGAUUUAUGAUUGUUUGGAUAGGGUUGGAAAAGCCCAACAGCAAGUCAAUUCAAGGCGAGCUAAGGAAGCACAAAAGGCGGCAUAUGAGGCUGCUCAGGCAUCCACUGCACAAGAAGCCUCUGCACAGAAUGAGGCUCCACCUGCCACGUCGACAUCCACCAUGGACGUCGACGAACCAGUGUCUGACUCGACCAGAAAACGUAAGGUUGAGGAUUCCGCUGGCAGAUCCGAUGGGAAUAAAAAAGCAAAAAUGGGGAGUACGCCGCCAUUGAAACGCGACCGGGAGAAUAGCACCGUCUUCGUUGCCGAUCUGCCUUCAGGGGCCACAGAAGAUGACCUAACCGCGCUGUUUAAAGAUUGUGGAGAUAUUCGCGAGAUCAAAAUAACCAGCUUGGCGAACUCUCGUGUUGCAACGAUUGAAUUCGUCGAUAGGGAGAGUGUCCCAGCCGGUCUCACUAAAGAUAAGAAACGCAUUAAUGGCCAAGAGAUAUCGGUACACUUGGCAUGGCAGUCCACGCUCUACGUUACGAACUUUCCUGAAAAGGUCGAUGACGCUUAUAUACGUCAACUGUUUGAUCAGUUUGGCGUUAUCUUCGACGUGCGCUGGCCCAGUAAAAAGUUUAAAGCGACCCGCAGGUUCUGCUAUGUGCAGUUUACGUCCAAAGAAGCGGCCCAAGCCGCUCUUUCUUUGCAUGGAACGGAGUUGGAACCAGGUUUGCCGAUGAACGUUUUUAUAUCGAACCCUGAGCGAAAGAAGGAGAGGACGGACGCUGGCGCGGAUGAUAGAGAAGUGUACGUUGCAGGUCUAAGCAAAUUCGUCAUUAGAGAUGAUCUCAAGAAGCUGUUUAAGACAUUUGGGCCUGUCAAGGACAUCCGCGUGACCAAAGACGAUACUGGUUUAUGCAAAGGCGUAGCUUUCGUCGAGUUCGAAGAUGAGCCGUCUGCUCAGAGGGCACUUCAAGCAAAUAAUCACGACGUGAAAAAUCGUAGGAUCGCUGUUACCAUGUCCGACUCCCGCGUUCGUGCACGACAUAAGAACGAACAAACAGCGAGUGGUCUUGGGAGACGCAGCGACGUUCGAAGUCGCUCCGUCCGAAUCAAAGGACUUCCACCUGGUACGCAGGAAGGACUGCUACAGCAGGCCCUUGAGAAAGUAGUUCCGGUGAAGAGAUUGGAAGUCUUUCAGGAUCUUCAGGAAGCAACUGCCGAACUUGAAAGCGCAGCGGAUGCCGGAAAACUUCUCCUUGCUAAAGAGCCUCUGCAGUUUAAUGGCGUUACACUCGACAUUUUUGAGGAACCUUUGGAGGGGUCCUCAAAGCGCUCGAAUGCUCAUCAGCCUACGUCGGGAGGCUCAAUGUUUAUACCUAGGAAUGCAGCAUCGCGUCCUCGAGCGGGUCUUGGUAGCUCAAAAAAAUCCGUUCGAAUACCACCAAGCGUACCCAGCUCCAAUGAGGGGAAACCUUCGUCCGCAUCACAACCAAAAGCAGGGAGAGGUCAGGAUGAUUUCAGGAAACUAUUGGGCUGA